AUUGGGUAAACACAAAGGUGUCAAAACGUCUGAUCUCGAACAGUUAUGUUUUUUGAAUGAAGUACAAAUUACUGUAGAUUGUAUUUCACGUAUAUGCAGGGCUGAGCUGUGGCAGUCGGAGUUUCGUCAACGGCCAAAGGAACCAUUGUUCAUCACGUAGUACCGCGUUCUUCCUGUCUCCGUCUCCUCCGCUGUGGCCUCAGUUCCUGUUUCCGCCCAAAUUACACGGCGCAUCACUAGCAGUGUAAGCAUUCGCAACUGUCCUGGUUAAGGCAGUGCCAGACCAUCAACUUGGGGUACCUUUGGUGUAGACGGAUGGCUACACCUGACUUGCGGCCAAGCAUCACAUGUCACAGGGAAAGGCAAGUUUUGGAUGUGUGCUUCCUGAUCUCUCGGGCCUAUGAAUGCUACGCAUGAGGAAAAGUUAAAUGCCAGCAGAGUACUCAAAUUGACUAUCCUCUCUCCACAUUGGGAAAACCCAGAACAUCGAAUUCAGGGCCUUUUGAAUUGCUGAGACCCCGCAUUCUUCCAUCUCAAUUGUUGCCUAUUUAUAUAUUGGUGGGGUAGCAGUGGGAAGCGAGAAUGCACAAGAGCACUGCGCUGUGAGGGGAGAGCGUGAGAGAGUCAUGCGGACGUGGACAGGCUCAUGGCGUUGGAUCAUGCUAGUGCUGUUGGCAUGGGGCACCUUGCUGUUCUACAUUGGCGGGCAUCUGGUGCGUGACAGUGAACAGCCUGAGCAUCCCAGCCGUGAGCUGUCCAAAAUUCUAGCUAAGCUCGAGAGGCUCAAGCAUCAGAAUGAAGAGCUGCGACGAAUGGCUGAGACACUCAGGUUGCCAGAGGGUCAAGCUGAUGCAGACACUGGAGCUGCAGGAAAGCUCCACAGCCUGGAAGAGCAGUUACUCAGAGCCAAAGAACAGAUCAACUCUUACCGCAGCCUACCUGUUGAUGGCCCAGGGAGAAAACAGGAGGAAUUACGGAGAAUGAUUGAGAAUGGGGUACGAGAAUUGUGGUACUUUGUGCGCAGUGAGGUGAAGAAAUUGGGCCACAUGGAGACAGGAGAGCUGCAGAAACGCAUCAACAUGCUGCUGCAAGACUUGGGCCACCAUCAGAGGUCCAUCAUGACAGACUUGUACCAUCUGAGCCAGGCAGAUGGAGCUGGAGACUGGAGAGAGAAGGAAGCCAAAGAUCUCUCAGAUCUAGUACAAAACAGGAUUACAUACCUACAGAACCCACCAGACUGUGGAAAGGCACGCAAGCUGGUGUGCAACAUCAAUAAGGGCUGUGGUUAUGGCUGCCAGCUGCAUCACGUGGUGUACUGCUUCAUGAUUGCCUAUGGCACCCAACGGACACUCAUCUUGGAGUCGCAAAAUUGGCGCUACGCCACUGGUGGCUGGGAAACAGUCUUUAAACCUGUCAGUGAUACAUGCACUGACCGCACGGGAGCCUCUACUGGACACUGGUCUGGUGAAAAUAAUGAUCAGGCUGUGCAAGUGGUUGAGUUGCCUAUUGUGGAUAGCCUCCAUCCACGUCCUCCUUACCUGCCACUCUCUAUCCCAGAGGAUCUGGCUGAGCGUCUGCAACGGCUACAUGGAGACCCCUCUGUUUGGUGGGUUUCUCAGUUCGUCAAAUAUCUCAUCCGGCCUCAGGCUUGGCUUGAGAAAGAGAUGCUUGAGGCGACCAUCAAGCUGGGCUUUAAACACCCCAUCAUAGGAGUGCAUGUGCGCAGGACAGAUAAGGUGGGCACAGAAGCUGCAUUCCAUCCCAUAGAGGAGUACAUGCUGCAUGUAGAGGACCAGUUCCAGAGCCUGGCACGCCGCAUGCACAUUGACAAGAAACGUGUUUACCUGGCCACUGAUGACCCUUCACUACUGCAGGAGGCCAAGUCUAAGUAUCCAGAUUACGAGUUCAUCAGCGAUAAUUCCAUCUCCUGGUCAGCUGGCCUACACAACCGCUACACUGAGAACUCAUUAAGAGGAGUGAUCCUUGACAUCCACUUCCUGUCCCAGACCAGCUUCUUGGUCUGCACUUUCUCCUCCCAGGUGUGUCGUGUGGCCUACGAGAUCAUGCAGACACUGCACCCAGAUGCCUCAUCCUACUUCUACUCACUGGAUGAUAUCUACUACUUCGGGGGGCAGAAUGCACACAAUCAAGUGGCUAUUUAUGCACAUGAGCCCCGUGGCCAAGGAGAGAUUCUUUUGGAGCCUGGAGAUGUUAUUGGAGUGGCUGGCAACCACUGGGAUGGCUACUCUAAGGGCAUCAACCGCAAGACUGGUCGCACUGGCCUCUACCCCUCUUACAAGGUGAAGGAGAAAAUUGAGACAGUGAAGUACCCCACUUACCAUGAAGCUGACAAGCUGCUUAAGAAACAGUAGAGGGCUCAAGAGAUGCUGGGAAAUACAUUUCAUACUUUAUAUAGUAUAAUGAAGAAAGCCUAGACCUCCUGGAUGGAAAAUGCACUUUGUGUGUUUGUGUGUGUCUGUGUGAUAGACCGUGACGGAGUGCAUGUGUGUCUGACCUUUGACCUGAAAGGGGCCAUUAGAAUUGUUAAAAAAAAAAAAAAGUGUAAACUGGACAAGCAGGAUUAGCAAACAUGCAACUGCAGGUAUUUUCCCUAAACCUCCAACUAAAAUGAAGGCAACCACAUUUGUUCAUUUCAGAGAAGAUGAUUUUAAAAAGCAGCACUACAGGCAGCUUAAAACAAGAAAUCCUAAAUUUUAAUACCCAGUUUGAGCUUGUGUACUGUUUUCCUGUGAUGUUUCCCCCCAGUAUGAACACUGACUUCAUCUUUACAUUAGUCAUACACCUCUCCUCCUCUGUUUCUGUUCUCUGAACAUUAAUGUGCACACCCCAAACAAAAGCUUUAACUUUCCUUUGUUGUCUUGUCCUUUUAAAACCAUGAUUUUAAAAAUAUUUCACAGUAGUUAUAUUGCAUUAUGUCAGUGUAUCUCUGUGUUUUUGCUCAUGUGGAACACGGAUCCAAAUAAUGUGCCUAAUGCCUAAGAAUAAUAGCUGAUGCAUCACACAAUGCUACAUAACUUUGAUGCAAACUCCAGCGCCUUACAGAGGAUUACACUCCUGACCUUCUACUCCUUGCUGUUCACUAUGUUUUCAAAGGAUUCUCUAAUGUUAAAUGUAAUUCUCAACAGCUAAAAACACAGGACAGUAAACUUAAAAUUAAAGAUAAUUAGUACAAUUAAUGAUGACGAAGCUAAGAAUGAAUAUAAGUAUGACAAUGGAAUAUCAUUGUGGUGACAUUUUAGUGUACUACAGUGAUUUAAUAUUUUAUGUUUGUGUGGACAUUGCCUUUUCUAAACCGAUCAAAUAAACUCGAUCAGACAUUG